AUGCGGCCCGGAAGAUUGGGCAGGUUGACGAGCGGUUCACCGCCGAUUUUCGAGCAGAUUUUUAAGAACGCGAGAUUCGCUCAAGGUGGCAAUGCGGUUUUCGAGGGCCGGGUCUCUGGAAACCCGCGUCCCAAAGUUUCAUGGACACGCCGAGGCGCUCCUCUACAAAAUUCGAGCAAGUACAGUAUGACUCACGAUGAGAGCACAGGAAAGGUGACUCUCGUAAUUUCAUUGAUUGGUCCCGGAGACGAAGGCGAGUACACUUGCACGGCUACCAACCCUUACGGGGAGGCUGUGUGCACAGUUUACAUUCAACCAGAAGCCCAGUAUAGACAAUGGCUGCAGAAAGAUCAGCAACAAGUCUCGAAGACUCAGAACAUGGUGCAGAGGUCAACGCUGCAGGAAUCUGUGUACACGAACGGAACGACAAUUGAAGAGGAAUUCAAAGUUGACACUUUCGAGUAUCGACUGGUUCGCGAUACGGAAUUUCGCGAGGCGAAACUGAAGCACUUCCCCGGAGAGCCAGAGGAGCCUCUUGGUGCCACUGUGCCAGGAAUGGCAGUCGGUCCACCGCAAAUAGUGCAACGUCCGAGGUCUUCCAAGUUGUUGGAAGGUUCUGACGCGAUUUUCCAAGCGAAAGUUAGCGGCAACCCGAAGCCGCGUCUCAGCUGGUUCAAAAACGGCGUGCGAUUGAACCCGUCCCCGAGAUACAAGAUGACCUACGACAACCAAAUCGCCGCGCUUAACAUCCAAUCAGCGCAGCCAACAGAUACCGGUCACUAUACCAUGCUAGCUGAAAAUCAAUCAGGCCGAGUCGUUAACUCAGCAUAUCUCGCAGUGGAAGCGAUUGGGACGGAUGAUGAAUCCAUUUAUCGACCGCCGCCUCAAGUGGCGCCGAGCCGUCCGGUAGCUGAAACCGAGACGGACGGAUCUAAAGCCCUUGCGCCGACGUUCUCCGCUGUCUGCGGGGAUAAGGAAGUCGCAGAAGGGAAGCUGGUCAGAUGCGACAUCAGGGUCUCUGGAAGGCCCUACCCCGACGUUGGAUGGUACCAUAACGGGCGCCUCUUGUCCGACGACGCGACGCACAAGAUACUCGUUAACGAGACCGGCAGUCACUCUUUGAUGAUCACUGUUGCACACCGAACUGACACCGGGACGUACACAUGCGUCGCUCAAAACAAGAGCGGACAGACCAAAUAUGAAUUUAACUUGUCGGUAAUCGAGAAAGAAGUCGUCGUGGCGCCGAAAUUCGUCGAGAGGUUUACCACGACUCACUUGAAAGAAGGCGAACCGAUCACUCUUCACUGCCGCGCGAUCGGCACCCCGAUUCCGAAGCUGUCGUGGCAGAAGGAUGGAAUCCCAUUGGCCUCAUCGCCCACACACAUUAUCCAGACGGAGGGUGGAGCGUCCACGCUUGAAAUCCCGCAGGCGACCGCAAGUGAUUCCGCGUGGUACCAAUGCAUGGCGCAAAAUUCAGCUGGUUCCACUGCGACUCGAGCGAAGGUUUCGGUGAGCGUCGACAGGCCUGCGGCGUCACCGCCCUGGAGACUGAAUUUGCCCAAGCCUCAGAGAAUCAUCGAGCCUGAGCCAGAAUUGCAACCGGAAAUUAUAUUCCUACGUCACGUGGAAAGAGCUAGGCCUCAGACAAAGAGGCUCGAAGAGGAGCCGACUUCUCACGAACCGCCUAAAUUUGUAAUCCCUCUGAAGGAUUCCGCCGGGGUUCAGGAAGGAGGUCGUGCUGUUUUUGAAGGGAAAAUCACGCCCAUUGGCGACCCGACGAUGGAGGUUGAGUGGUAUUUCAACGGGAAACCACUGGAAGCCAGCUCCCGAAUCACCUCAUCGUUUAGAUUUGGUUAUAUUACCUUGAACAUCUUAACCGUGACUUCGAAUGACAAUGGAGUCUACACGUGCAGAGCCCGAAAUCACCUGGCAACCGCGGAAUCUAGUGCAAAUCUGCAAGUUUCUCCACGGGUGACGAUUGAGAGCUCGACCCAGCAUCCUCAAAGCAUGGAGGGAAUCCAGAGGCUCGAGGAUUACUCCAGAUACACACGCUUGGAAAGUGAAGAGGAAACCCACAGCCACAAACCCGUUUUCAUCAAGCCGCUGCGCAACCUGGGUGACAUGCUGGAAGGUUCGUACGCUCACUUCGAGGCCCAGAUCACGCCUGUAAGUGACCCGUACAUGAGAGUGGAAUGGUUUCACAAUGGAAAGCCUCUCACGGCGAGCUCCCGUAUCAGCACGAUUUUCAACUUCGGUUACAUCGCGUUGAACAUCAUGCAUUUGAGGCCGGAGGACACGGGCACGUACACGAUUCGUGCCUCAAACAAAGCUGGUUCCGUUGUCAGUGAAUCAUCGCUGAAGGUAGUCGAACGCGGCGGGGUUGUCAGUGAGCUCGGCAUCCCCGAACAGCAGAGGUACAUAGAGAAAAUCGAAGAGCUGGAAGCGUAUCAAAUGGCUAGCCAGCACCAGAGAAUGGAAGAGGACAUUGCGGAGCGAUUUUUUGCUCCCGUGUUCAAAAUUCAGCUGAAAGACCAACCGAAUAUCCCGGAAGGUGGCGUUGCUCAUUUCGAAGCCCGAUUGGAACCCGUCGGUGACCCUCGCUUGACCGUUCAAUGGUUCAAAGACGGACGGCCCAUGGAAGCCAGCUCGAGAAUCACGACUUUCUUCAACUUCGGCUACGUUGCCUUGACGAUUAAGUCGAUCGCUGUACAUGACAUGGGCUUGUACACGUGCCGCGCCUCCAACGCUGCCGGUGAAGCAGUGACAGAAGCGAGGUUGUCAGUGAUGACGAAAAAAGAUAUUUUGAGCGAAACGCAACAUCCAGUGGGCCUGGAGAAAAUCCAAUACUUGGAAGAUGCCAGCAAAUACGGACGACAAAUCAUGGAGGACAUUACCUACACUCAGAUUCCUCCGAAAUUUUUGGGUCCAUUGAAAGGAACAAACAAGAUUAUUGAGGGGCAGAAUGCUCACUUUGAAACUCGCAUAGAGCCGCAAAAUGAUCCGAGCAUGAAGAUCGAAUGGUAUUGCAACGGUAAGCCGAUUAUGCCAGCGAACAGAAUCCAAACCUACAGCGAUUUCGGCUACGUUGCCAUCGACAUAAUUUAUGUCAGGCCUGAAGACGCAGGUGAAUACACCGCUGUCGCGAGAAACGCCUUGGGCGAGGCUCACCAGUCAGCCAACAUGCACGUUCACGGGCGAACUGGCGUUGACACGACCAGCAUGCACAAGGGUGUUACCGAGAAGACGCGGGUUCACGAGGCGCCGGCACACCAAGAACCCCAUUACGAGAUUGAAGAAAUCUCAAAAUCGAAGCCGGUUUUUGUACAGCCUCUCACAGAACAUUCACCGAUACACGAGGGAGGAAACGUUCACCUCGAAUGCCGCCUAGAGCCCAUGGGUGACCCACGAAUGCGGGUUGAGUGGUUCCUCAAUGGACGCCCGAUCACUGUCGGAUCUCGAUUCAGAACAUACUUUGACUUCGGUUACGUCGCUCUGGACGUUUCUUCCACCACUGUUCAGGACACCGGGGAGUACACCGUUCGAGCUACUAAUCAACUCGGCUCCGCUCACACAUCAACGAUGAUCAGAGUCAUAGGAGAGCGCGAUAUAUUGUCGGAAACGCAACACGAAGCCGCCAUGCAACAGAUUUCGAUGCUGGAGGACUCGUCUCGUUACCAGCGAGAGGUCCAAGAGGACGUGACGUUUAACAAAGUCCCGACCUUUGUCAGACCUUUGCAUAACAUUGAGACAGUGGAGGGCUCUAAUGUACACUUGGAAUGCAGGCUGCAGCCGGUCGGUGACCCGAGCAUGCGCGUUGAGUGGUUCGUCAAUGGGAAACCGAUUCCCGUCGGACAUCGAUUCCGUCCUGCACAUGAAUUCGAUUACAUUGCCCUGGACAUCUUGAGUUCUUAUGCCGAAGAUUCAGGUGUUUAUACGUGUAAGGCCCGAAAUAGAAUCGGUGAAGCAAUUACGUCAGCUUCAGUCAAAUGCAUCACAAAGAAAGAUCUGAUCUUGGAAAGCCAGCAUCCGGAAAGUUUAGUGCAGAUUCAACAGCUAGAAGAUGCCAGCCGCUAUCAGCGCAAGGAAUGGGUUGAAGAAGUGAUGAAGGUACGGCCGCGAUUUUUAUCGGAAUUGAAGGAUCAACUUCAUUUGCGAGAGCAGCAGCAUGCUCAUCUGGAAACUCGCUUGGAGCCAGUGGCUGACCCUGAUUUGAGGGUCGAGUGGUUCAAGGAUGGAAGACCACUUUCUGCUGGUCACCGCUUCAGGCCGAUCCAUGACUUCGGUUACGUAGCUCUGGACGUCAUUGAUCUGAUCCCAGAAGACACCGGCAUUUAUACGUGCAAAGCUGUAAAUUUCGGAGGCCAAGAUGAGAAAUCCUGUCGCCUUGUGGUGCAAGGUGGCUCGCAAAUAUUAAUGGAAACCAUGAACCAAGAGCAGCUGCAAAAAAUUCAAAACCUGGAGGACAGAUCCAGGUACAAUCGAUCGGAAAUGAUGGAAGAAACUACGACUCAGCCACCGGUUUUCACGAGCUCCUUAAAGAAUAUCGGAAUCCGAGAGGGUCAGAGAGCCCAUUUCGAAUGCCGUCUCAUCCCGGUCUCAGACCCAACGUUGGUGGUCGAAUGGUUCCACAAUGGUCAACCUGUUAAAUCUGGGUCUCGUUUCACCGAAAGUCUAAAUUUCGGUUUCACUGCUCUCGAUAUCUUCGACUGUUUGGGAGAUGACAGCGGUUCUUACACUUGCCGGGCCAGAAAUGCCCUUGGGGAAGCUGUCACCUCUUGCUCGCUGAUGGUUGAUGGCCGGAAGUCCAUUUAUAUGGAGGCUCAGAGUGAAGCAGCUCUCGAGAAGAUUCGUCAGUUGGAGCAAUAUCAAUCGUACCGGGCUCCGGCUCCUGUCGAUGAGAGCACUAGUCAACCACCUGUUUUCACACAGCCCAUGAAAAAUUUAGAGCUUAAAGAAAAUGAUCCUGCGCACUUCGAGUGCCGGCUGAUACCUGUCGGUGACCCGAACCUCAAAGUGGAAUGGUUCAGGAAUGGCCUGCCGAUUCCUCUAGGAUCUCGCGUGAGCACAAUGCACGAUUUUGGCUUCGUUGCGCUUGAUUUGAAAUACGCUUAUCCGGAAGAUUCCGGAACAUAUACUUGCAAGGCUACGAAUCAAUUGGGUUCGGCAACAACGUCCGCUGGAUUAGUCGUUAGAUCGAGGGCAUCAUUACUUUUGGAAACCUCCAACGUUGCCUCUUUGGAUAAAAUCCGACAUCUGGAAGAUUCAUCACGACACCGUUAUCGUUCAAUGUAUGACUUCGGUUUUGCUGCUCUGGACAUCCUGGAUAUUUACCCUGAAGACAGUGGUGAAUACGUCAUCAAGGCAACUAAUAAGCUCGGAACUGCGUCGUCUGCCAUUAAAGUUAACGUCACUGCUCGUGGGCAGUUGAUCUUGGAUUCGCAGCAUCCCGAUGCGAUGCCAAAGCUGCAGCAGCUGGAACAUGGUCGACACAAGCCCACGUCUGACCAAGAAUUAGACGUCAGUGAAAAGCCUGAGUUCCCACGCCCACUCCGCGCCCAAGAAAACAUUGUUGAAGGGCACCCCGUCCAUCUCGAAGCCACAUUGACUCCAGUUCAUGAUCCGACCAUGAAAGUACAAUGGUUCUGCAAUGGUAGACCCAUCCAGCAAGGUCACCGAUUCCGAACACAAAAUGACUUCGGGUUCGUGGCACUUGACCUUUUGUAUGCCUAUCCGGAGGACACGGGAACUUACAUGUGCAAGGCGCAGAAUAAAAAUGGCGAGGCGGUCACGUCUUGUGCUGUCACUGUACAAGGAAUGCAAAGCCUUUACCUCGAAACCAUGGACGCCGACAGGCUGAAGAAACUUCGGCAACUCGAAGCCGCGGCACCAAAACCUGCAGAAGAAGAGGCUCUACAGGCGAAGAGACCCGAAUUUGUGACUCCCCUAAACAGCCUGGAUCAACUCAAGGAAGGCGAUCAUGCUCAUCUUGAGUGCCGCUUGGAACCGUUGAACGACCCGAAACUCAAAGUAGAGUGGUUCGUCAAUGGAGUUCAGCUCAAAACGGGACAUCGUUAUCGAACCGUGCAUGACUUCGGUUAUGUAGCCUUGGACAUCUUGUACACGUAUCCAGAGGACAGUGGGACAUACAUGUGCAAGGCAACUAACGAACUCGGGGAAGCGGUCAACACAUGCACCAUCAAAGUCACGUCCCGCAAGAGUAUUUAUUUGGACAGCCAGCACCCAGAGGGCUGGGAAAAGAUUCGGGAAAUGGAAAGUAUGGCGAGGCCAGGGCCCCAAGAACUCCCCGAGUCGCCGCUGACGCCGCCUAAAUUCGUGACCCCAUUGCAAGGCAGCAACAGCUUGGCAGAGAGCCAGAAUGCACAUUUCGAGUGCCGCCUAGAACCCACAAACGACCCCAAGCUCCGACUUGAGGUUUACCAUAACGAUAAAUUGUUGCCGGCGGGGUCGCGAUUCCACGUCACCUGCGAUUUCGGGUAUGUCGCCCUCGACAUCAUGCACGUCUUGCCAUCUGACGAGGGUAACUACACCAUCAAGGCCAUCAAUGACCUUGGCCAGGAUCAGACUUCGAUCCGCCUUAGCAUUGAAGGAAAAGGCGGUAUCAUCUCAGAAUCUCAGCAUCCUCAAGGACUGGACAAAAUCAAAGAGCUCGAGUCCAUGGACAAAUUCACUCGGCCAGACUUGGACCAAGUUAAGACGUUCCAAAGGCCAGUGUUCACUUCGCCGUUGCAGAAUCUCGACAGUCUCGCCGAGGGGCAAAAUGCUCACUUGGAAUGCAGGCUUAUUCCGGUUGGUGACCCCACUCUUAAGGUGGAGUGGUUCCGCAAUGAGAUGCCGAUUGAGACGAGCUCGAGGAUCCAAAAAACGCACGACUUCGGUUAUGUUGCCUUGGACAUCACGUACUUGCGCCCCGAGGAUGAAGGUGUUUACAUGUGCCGCGCUUCUAAUCAGCUUGGAGAAGCAGUUACAACAGCCUCCAUUAAAAUUAAGAGCAAAGCAGGAAUCGAUCUCGAAAGUCAGCACCCAGAGGGUCUCGCGAAAAUUCGAGAGCUCGAGUCCGCCAAAGGACCGGGAAUGCCCGAAGAUCGCGAAAUUGCUUUCGAGAAGCCCGUUUUCGUCACGCCACUCACUGGUCAGCAAGAGCUGAUGGAAGGUCAACAUGCGCACUUCGAAUGCCGCGUGGUACCUAUCGGUGACCCGAACCUUCGCAUUGAAUGGUACAUCAACGGAGUCCACCUGGCAACCGCACGAUCUUCCAUCCUGGGCUCAACAUUGCAUCCGAAGGGCUGGGAAGCGAUCCAAGCUAGGGAAGCAGACAUGGGCAAGUCCAUGGAACCAUUCAUUGAACUCGGUCCUCAGUCACCACCACACUUCACAGAAAACUUGGAAUCCCACGACAAGCUUAUUGAGGGGCAAAACGUGCAUCUCGAGGCGAGAGUCGAGCCGAAAACCGACCCUGAAUUGCGCAUUGAUUGGUUCAAGAACGGCAUUGCUCUUGGAUCAGGGUCGCGUAUGCGAAACACGUUUGACUUCGGUCUGGUGACCAUGGACCUCAUCGGUGUGAGACCUGAUGACUCUGGAAUUUACACAUGUAAAGCCACUAACAAAUUGGGCGAGGCUGUUUCCACGUGUACUUUGAAAGUUGAAGGACGAGGUGGAGUCGUCGGGGAUACAUUCCAUCCGGAAGCGAUGCACAAAAUCACAGAACUCGAGACCUUCCCGGAACAUCCAGUUUCUGGAGUUCCAGAGCCUGACUACGAAGGGCCAGUUUUCUUGACGCACUUGAAUAACGUGGAAAUUAAGGAGGAAGAAGCGGCUCACUUUGAAUGCAGAGUUGAGCCUUCCCGGGAUCCAACCCUCAAAGCUGGGUUGAAACCAAUGACUGUAAUGACCACGAAAGAGGGAAAUCACGAAGUUAGCGACGUCACGACUAUUUUGAAACGCUUUUCAGAAUUCUUCAUCAACGGAAAGCCUAUGCCGACGGCUUCACGCUUCACGUCGAAGUGCGAAUUUGGAUUUAUCACUCUCGACAUCCAGCAUUGCUGGCCAGAUGACGCUGGUGUCUACACGUGUAAAGCCACGAAUUCGAAGGGACAAGCAGUUACUACUGGUUCCCUGAGAGUUUUGAGCAAGAGUGGAGUUUACCUGGAUACCCAGCAUCCCACUGGACAAGCAGGUCUGGAAAAGAUAGAUGACCUGGAACGGGACCUCGCCGAAAAAUCCAAGCCGGCUGAUGUUUCCGGACGAGACGAACCGAUGAAGAAACCAGAGUUCAUAGUACCUCUGAAUCCUCAAUUUUUGGUGGAAGAAAGCAAGCCUUUGCAUCUGGAGUGCCAAGUAGAACCGAAGAACGACCCGAAACUCGCGGUUGAAUGGUUCUUCAAUGGAAAGGCCCUGGAUGCAGGAUCUCGCUUUGUUACUAGAUAUGACUUCGGCUUGGUCACCCUCGACGUAUUGGAUGCUUACCAACGAGACUCCGGUAUUUACACUUGCCGCGCGAAGAAUGCCGUAGGCGAGGCGUUCACGUCGACGACGAUUGUUUGCACGGAGAAGGGGAGCUUGAUUGAAGACACGCAGCACCCGAAAGGGAAGGAAGGUUUGCAGAAAAUCCAGAAUCUCGAGGAAUCGCUGCAGAGAGCCCAGCCAGCAAUGGCAAAAGAAGACGAGGGCAAACCACCCAAGUUCACGUCUCAGUUCGAAAAUCUCACCAAUUUGUCGGAGGGUGAACUGGCUCAUUUCGAAGCGUCGUUGACUCCUGCCGGAGAUCAAAACAUGGUCGUCGAAUGGUUCUAUAAUGGCAAUCCUCUGCGCGCUGGUCAUCGCAUAAGGACAGUCCAUGCUUUCGGCAUGGUCGUGCUAGAAAUUUUGGGCACCACCAUUGCUGAUUCUGGAGAAUACAGUUGCCGAGCAACAAACAAAUGGGGCAAAGACGAGAUCAGCGUCGUUUUGGGCUGCGUCACUCGCCACUACGGGCAAGGACCGAAAUUCACUAGUCAACUCAAAGACGUUGUUGGCCUCAGAGACAAUGAGUCUGCGCAUUUCGAGUGCACCUUGGUUCCAAUCGGAGAUCCCGACUUGCAUGUCGAGUGGUACCACAAUGGAGUCACUCUUCGCCAAUCGAACAGAAUCAAAACUGUGGCCGACUUCGGCUUCGUUGUUUUGGAUAUUUCUUCAGUGCAAUCUCAAGACGCCGGGGAAUACAUUUGUAAAGCAACCAACAAAUUUGGGACAGACACGACGAAAGCAGUGCUGCAUUGCUUAGUGAAGGCUGGCGUCCAGGGCGAAUCCCUUCAACCGCAAGCACUGGAGAAAAUAAGAGCAUUGGAACAGUUGGCAGCACCGCAAACCCCGCUGCCCCAAGACAAGCUGGAAGCGCCGAAAUUUAUCACGCAGAUCAUCGAGCUUCCGCAAAUAAUUGAAGGACAAAGCGCUCAUUUUGAAGCGAGACUCACACCGACAAACGAUCCGAAUCUCAAAGUUGAAUGGUACCACAAUGGAAAACUACUCCAGACGGGACAUAGAUUCCGCACGUUCCACGAUUUCGGGAUUGUCAUCCUGGACAUCCUUUAUUGCUAUGACUCAGACUCGGGUGAAUACGAAUGCAGAGCUGUCAAUAAGCUUGGAGAGGAUCGAACGAAGUCUUCAAUGACUUGCAUUUCAAAAGCUAGUCUGAUCUUUGAUCCACAAAUGCCCAAGGAUAUGAAGGGUGGUCUGGAAAAAAUCCGUGAUCUGGAAGAUUCUUCUAGAUUCGCCCGCUCGUCAGUCGAGGAAGAAAUCAAACGCCAGGCACCAGUAUUUACCAAGCCGCUGGAUACCAUUGACGGACUCCGUGAAGGAGAGAAUGCUCACUUUGAAGCGAAGCUUGCCCCGACGAAUGAUCCCAACAUGAAGGUCGAGUGGUUUAAAGAUGAGAAGCCCUUGAAAGCGAGCUCACGAAUCCGCACCCUGUGCGACUUCGGAUUCGUAAUUCUCGAGAUGUCGCCUGUUUACCCUGAAGAUUCGGGAAUUUACUUAUGCCGUGCUACUAAUUUGUACGGCGAGGCCGUGACAUCAGCCAAGCUGACAUGCUCCGGCAAGAGGAGCAUCAUUCUGGAUUCGCAAUUACCGAAAGAUAUGCGGCAGGGCAUGGAAAAGAUUGCCGAGCUUGAGGGGCUCGCUCCAAGAACUCCGGGAGAAUCAUCAGCUCCUGAUGAAGGGCAACCUCCGACUUUCAUUACCAAACCAAAUGACUUGACUCUGGCUGAAAAUAGUCUUGCUCAUUUCGAGGCUCAGCUGAAGCCCGUGAAUGAUGCCAGCAUGAAUAUCGAAUGGUACCACAAUGGUAAACCUCUGGCUGCUGGUUCAAGAAUCAAGACUAUCAACGACUUUGGUUUCGUGAUUCUGGAAAUGGGCGGGGUUUAUCAGCGAGAUUCUGGGAUGUAUGUUUGCAAGGCGACGAAUCGUCACGGUGAAGCCACCGUUUCUUGUCAACUCGCCGUGAAAGGAAGAACCGGCAUCAUUCUGGAGCCUCAGCUUCCGAAGAAAUUCCAGACCGGCACAGAGAGCCUGCAGAAACUUGAAGAAAAUCUUUACAGGCGCGAGGAGGCCGUUUUUGAGGACGAAAAGCCAAAUCCUCCCAGAUUUAUCACCGAAAUUGAGGAUAUUGCCGAAGUUCCUGAGGGUGCCCCGGCUCAUUUCGACUGCCGCGUGGAGCCGGUUGGAGAUCCAACCAUGAAAAUCGAGUGGUUCCACAACGGUCACUUGCUUGAUGCUGGGUCUCGAAUUCACAUGAUCGACGAUUUUGGUUUCGUUGUCUUGGAUAUCGACUGGACAUUCCCCAGGGAUUCCGGAGAGUACGUGUGUAGAGCGACAAACAAAUGGGGAUCUGCAACAACGAAAGCAAAGUUCUCCUGCAAAGAUGCAUCUUCGAAAGAACCGCUGAUGAACGGUACCAUCAACAUUGAAGUCCCAUUGGGCUUGAAGAAGGAUACUCCCUCACAUACAACCGAAUUCCUCUUCAUUCAGUGUGAAAAUCCGGCGAAAAAAUUCUCGACAGAAACUGUACCCAAAAAAAUCACCGGGAAUACGCUGCAAACGCAGCUUUAUUAUGAUCCCCUCUAUCAUAAUGAUGGAAGACGAGUGGGUGAUCAAGAGGAAUCGAACUAUACGAGCGACGGCGAAGAUAUUGAGACACUAGAGUUAAGCGUGCGUGAAUCAGCAAAGCACGGUGUGAUCAUGGACUCUCAACUGCCGUCGGGAAUGUCAGCGGAAAAGCUGAAAUCUCUCGAGGAGCACGUAGCAGCUCCAGCGCCAGAAGAAGACAAACCUCUCGGUCCUCCUAAAUUUGUUCAGCAAAUUACAAGCAUUGAGGUCGCUGAGGGUGAACGUUGCAUUUUCGAAUGUCGCGUGGAGCCAGUCAACGAUCCGAAGCUUAGAGUCGAAUGGUAUCGAAACGGGAAGAUUGUUCAGAGUGGACAUAGGUUCAGGACAAGCUUCGAGUUCGGCCAUGUGUCGCUGGAGAUUUUGUACACGUACUCGGAAGAUUCCGGUGAAUAUGUCUGCCGUGCUGUCAACGACUACGGUGAAGACUUCACAAAGGGCGUAACCACUUGCAAAGCUUUCGCCAGCAUCGUGCUUGUCAGCCAACUGCCGAAGGGCAUGAAGAAAUCAGAAACACUCGUUCAGAUGGAAGCAGCCUUGAAAAAGUACACGUCAGAUAUUGUGCUGACAGAGGAGGACAUCUAUGAUGCCGACAAAAAGCAGCCUCCAAGGUUUGUCACACAAAUAACUGAUCAACUCGAGCUAAAAGAACUGGAUGCCACCAAAUUCGAAUGCCAACUAGCCCCGGUUGGUGAUCCUAACAUGAAGGUCGAAUGGUUUUUGAACGGGAAACCUCUUCCAUUCAAAACCCGAUUCACGCCCAUCUACGACUUCGGCUACGUUGCAUUGAAUUUCGGCUGGGUGUACCCGCAAGAUAACGGCGAAUACCUAUGCAGAGCCACGAAUCUGUACGGAUCAGACGAAACCAGAGCUGUAAUCAAGACAGCUGGAAAGCCUGGAAUCAUCUAUGACAGUCAGCUCCCCGCCGGGAUGCAGAGUGUAAAGAAGAUUCAGGAAAUGGAAGCCGCAUGGCAAAGACCUCCUGAUGAGCCGGAAGAUGUCCCUCGCAAGAAAGAAGCACCGCAAUUUGUCUUGAAACCCGAGCCUUUCGCGGUUGCGGAAGGGGAAUGGGCGCGAUUUGUUUGCCGCGUUACCGUUAUUGCCAAAAAUGCUUUGGGCGAAGCAGUGGCUUCGACUUCGUUGGCGGUUAAACCGAAGAUGGAUGACUACCGAGCAGUGCUGAAGAACUCGCCGAGACCCUGGUAUGAUUAUGACCUCAAAGGAUACCAAAAUGACAGACAGGACAGCGAAUUGGAUCGCAAAUUUGAAGAAAGAGUUACCACAAAUUUGUCAGUUGUCCAUCACGCUGAAAAAUCCACUGGUGAACAUUUGGUCACCAAGGUGGUUCGCGAGCCAGAAACCGAGUGGCAACAGGCUGUCAAGCGCAAGAAAAACGAUAGCUACUACAAUCAGUACAAACAGCUUGAAGACGAUCAAGUUCUGAAAGAAGCGAGACUACGCGGAGAACGCCAUCAAUUUGCAAUCCCAGGGCAGCAAUCCUCCUUGGCUAAAGGAAUGGCAUCGAGCUACGAAUCAAAACUGACGAAGUAUCAUGCAGCUAGCUUCAAACGCCUUUUGAUUAUUCAGGUCCGCGGCGAUACGGAAAUAACCCGAAAAAUCACUGCUACCGAAACAACGGAAGUUGAACACAAGGGAAUGACUCAAGAACGCUUCGUCCAAGGAGAAGUCAAACCCGCGAAGCCCCCAGUUUUCACAAAGAAAAUUCAACCAUGCAGAGCUUUCGAGAAUGAACAGGCUCGGUUCGAGGUGGAAUUCGACGGAGAUCCCAUGCCGGCCAUCAAGUGGUUCAGGGAAGAUUUCCCCAUACAGAGUUCCCCAGAACUACAAAUACAUACUUUCGGAACCAAAAGUAUUCUUGUCAUCAGAGAGGUGUUCAUUGAAGACUCGGGCGUAUUCGCUGUGAUCGCCGAGAACCGUGGGGGUACCGCAAAAUGUAGUGCGAAUCUGGUUGUCGAGGAGAAGAAAACUAGAAAGAGCGCCGCUCCUCCUAACUUCGCAUCCACGAUUCAGGAAUCCUCUGUUCAAGCAGGUCAACUUGCCCGUUUCGACGCUCGAAUCGUUGGAUCGCAGCCGAUUGACAUAUACUGGCUUAAGAAUGGUAGAAAGAUGGGACAAGAUCUGCGUUACAAAAUGCUCGAAGAGGACGGAGUGUACACCUUGCUCAUCUUGGAAAGCGUGUCAGAAGAUGCUGGCUUGUACGAAUGCGUGGCGAUCAAUGAAAAUGGGGAAGCUCGAUGCGAAGCAAGGCUGAAUGUCGUCACAACUCCCAGUACUCCAGUCACAAAACAACCCACGGAAGGAACUAAACCAGCGCCUCCUGUCCUCAAAGAAGAGCUUAAAUCCGUAAUGGUAGAAGAAGGGCAGCCGGCUACAUUCAAGUGCAAGCUCACAGGCUCGCCCGCCCCGAAAAUUACAUGGAUGAAAGGGAACAAACCCAUCAAGCCAUCGAAAUAUUUCCGGAUGUCGCACGAGAAAUCCACCCACACACUUUUCAUCUCAGAGGCAUUCCCUGAGGAUGAAGGAACGUACGUUUGUGUCGCUGAGAGUCCAAGUGGCAAAGUUUCUACCCAGGCCACGUUGACAGUUACAGCACCAUCUUCCGAGGGAUCGAAACCUCCCUCAUUGUCCCCGAUGUCUAAUGUUGAGUGCAAUGAAGGCGAUUCCGCUACUUUUACCACCGAAGUUCACGGAACUCCGUCGCCAACCAUUCAGUGGUUCCGGGAAGGAACCCUGAUCCCGCAAUCGGCGGAUUUUAACAUGUUCCGAGAAGGAAACAAGGCUAUAAUGCAGAUCAAAGUGACUUACCCGGAAGAUUCUGGUCAAUUCACUUGCCGCGCCACGAAUUCAGUUGGUCAGGCUGAGACUUCUGCGAUGCUCACCACUCACAAACGCAAGCCCAAAAAACCAAAGGCAAGGACUCAAACCACAAUGGCAUCCAAUACGGAUCAGAAACGCCCAAUCCAAAAAUUUUCUCCAGAGCAUUCAAUCCAGAAAGAACCGGAAAUGAGGCAGACUCGCGAUUCAAAUGAAUCAGCGCCUGGAAAAGAGUUGCGAAGUACAAGAACAGUUCCGUUGGCUGAGAAAAGUUUAAAAGAGUUACGUGCGGAGGAAAAUAAAGUCGAAGAGGACAAAGUCGAACUAGGAGUUCAACCGCUCACCGCUGUAUUGGAUCAAACUGAUUCUGAAUUUCCAAAGAACCAAAAAAAUGAGGAUUCGAGUCCUGCAAUGGAAAAUCAGUUCAUCACGGCUUCAUCCAAAGCUCGUCCAAAGAAGGCGUCCACUCUUCGAAAAAGUAGUGAUACGAAGUCGUCGAAAUCCGUACGCAGUUCUUCGGAUGAUAAUGCGACGCGCAGACAAAAAUAUGAUCAUAAAUCGCAAAAACCAGAAUCAGAAGAGAAGUCAAAGACUGAGGCGCCAGAAUCAACAAAGAAGUCCGAGACUGAGGAGCAACUGGGAAAUAUCGAGUACUUAGACUCAACAGAGAAUAUCCAAUUGCAAGAAAAGGGGUAUCUUUCGAGUGGCAAGCAUAUUUCGCAUAAAAACGAAGUUCUGGAAUCUGUCUCACCAAUACGACAAAUCAAGGAACCAGGACAUAUUGAGAAUAUGGCACCAAAGGCAGAGAACAAAACAGUUUCCCUGGGGGCACAUAAAAAAGCAUCUGAUUGCACCACGUCAAAGAAAAUAGUGCCUAAGAAGAAAUCGUUGAAACAAAUGGUUGGAUCAGACCUUGCAAAAUCUGAACCUGUCUCUGAAAUUUCAUCUGAUUUGCCACAUGAAUCCUCUGAUGCACGGCUUAAUGUAGAAAGCACAUUUGUUUCGGAAGAAAUUCUGCAAACAUGCAAAGUAGAUGAUUCCCAGCAAGGAACACCUUGGCGUAAAGCACGUGUCACUGCAAGUGAAGUUCAGAUGGGCAAAGAAGCGGGAAUUCCAUUCUCCUCGAAACCGUUGGAUGCACAAGCUGAUAAAACGUUUAAAGAAGCAACCAGCAAAACCAUCCCACGCACCAAAUUCCAACCAGAGGAACUUGCGGAGCUUAUGCAAAACACGACCACCACCUUAUCGAAGAAUGACGCUAACGUAGCUGGCAGGGAAGUUGACUCUCUGGAUUCACUGAAAAUAGCAAAAGCGAAUGUUCUCACAGAAAAGUUGUCACUGGAAGAUGCGAAGGAAUUGAUUACUGAAGGGCAUCCUGAGCAAACUGCACCACGGAAGAGCGAAAUGAUAAAGGCACCAAAAAAACAGAGACGAAGUCCUGCAUCCAACAAGGCAGCACAAAUUCCAGAAACUAAGCCGAUCCAUAAAGUUGAACACUCCCAAGGGACGGAUUCGGAGAAUCUCAAGUUGGAAUGGCCUGGUAAAGAUCUGAGUGAAUCUGGAACAGAAAACGUCACUAUCCAGACUCCAGGAGAAGAAAUCGCUCGCGAAGAGAAACGUGUCCCAGAAACAGAAAUACUCGCAGUUGAAGCCUUGAAAAAUGCUCAACCACAGGUGUUCGCACAAGAUGCCCGACAAAAAUCUGAUCAUAAGAUAGAAUUGCGGAAACCGACGCCUACAAUUGAGACGGGCGUUGAUUCUCCGACGCUUUCAGAAAAUGUGGAAUCAAAAGUAGCUGACAAUGGAGGGGAAAAAAGGGAGAAAAAUAAGUCACGAGUUAUGAAUCAGUAUUCAAAUUCCUCUGAACCAUCACCGUCAAUUGAUCAACCUUCAAUGCCAAGAAAAAUUUCCCAGACAAAAGAGGAUAAGAAGCAGGACCAAAAAAUUCAGCAGCCAAUCGAAUUGAUCGCAAGCAAAGUCGAAGUGGCACCUACUCCAUCCCCCAGCAGCAGUGCUCCAUGGCGCAGGUCAAAGCCUCUAAAAUCAAGAAAUCUACUGCAACAGGUUUCAAAAAGUCAAGAGAAAGAAGAAAAAUACCCAUUAGAAGCUGAGCAUCAUGGUUCUGAUUUGUUCAAAAACUCUGCAUCCAUUGGUCAAACUAUUUCAAUAGAAGGAACUCAGCAGACGAAAACAUUAGAAAAGUCUGACGAGGAGCCCUUGGACUUAAACACGAGUAAAAUCAAAAAUGAAUUAAUCCGGUCUGAUGAGGUAAAAACUCCUUGGCGCCGAUCAAAGCCUCGCAUUGUCUCGGAAGAAAAUAAUAUUCUGCUCAAAACAUCGGAAGCUCUUCCGGAAAACAAGGAACCCGAUUCCAAAAAGUUAAAAGAAUCUCAAGAAAUUUCUGUGCAUUCAAAGAGACCCGCAGGUGCGACGGAUCGAAGUAUAUCUAAUGAACGUAGUCCACAAGUAUCGCACUCAGAUUUAAACCUGGGAACAAGCGCAGAAAACAAAGGAAAGGACUCAAUCCCCAUGGAUUUAAUGAAACCCAGCAAAAAUUUGGGUACGAGAGAUACAAAACCCAAAAAUGCUGCAAAAGCUGGUGAAGACAACUGGACGAGCGUACCUGAACUCGGAAAAAGCAGCGAAACCGUCGCGAAGGUGGAGCAAGAAAAAGGCAUCAUUGAUGAAGGGCGCAAAAACGAAGCAAAUGACACUACGCCAAUCCCGGAUGAGCAAAUACCCCAUGCCGCUCCGUGGAGGAAGAAAAAAUUGCCAAAGCCGCUCCAGAGUGAAGUCCAAGAACGGGGAGAAUCACUGCAACCUACUCGAGACGUGCAAGAGCAAGCAGCAAUGUUGAAUAAGAAAGCGGAAAUGACAGAAACGUACAGUGGCCAGAACAUUUCUUCGGAAAAAAAAUUGGAUACCGAAGAAGAUCUGACAUUGGUUGAAUCGAUGAGGCAAAAGAGCGGACAAACCACCUCCUCACACGAUUUCGACGCACGUCCGAAAAAUGAUAAUGCAGAGAGUCAAGCUGAAUCUCACAUAGCCAUUUCAUUAAAAAAGAAAGACGGUCCUUCUAUAGUAAGAAGUACUUCAGACACAACAAAAGUGGUCCUACCGAAUCCUUCCUCUACCACGGAAGGAAGACAAGUUAUUGGCAUCGAAAAACACGUCGAUGCCGGAGGAAAGGACGGCAAAUUUCAAGAAUCAAUCUUUGAAAAUGAAUCCCCGUUCGAAGUGCCAAAAUAUGCAUCGAAUGAGUCGGAAAAGGCUGUAUUACCAACAAAAAAAUCUGACACAUCGGAUGAACCAAAAAAACCGAUCGAAGUCACAGAAAAGGAAAAGCUGCAACAGCUACUACCUACUAAAACAGCUGAAGAGAAAGCCACCGAACAUGAACCCUCAAAACCGAAGGAUGACUUAACCAAAAGAAAGAAUGCCAGGUGGAAAGUUGAGAAAUCUCACCCUGAAAAUAUCAGAAAACCGCAAGCACCCGAUGCUGACGAAAAGAAUUCGAAAGCACCGGUUGAAGAAGAGCAAACACACAGCAGGGAGAUAGAAAACGUAGUCUUGAAAAAGCCUUUCGAAAAUUUAUCAAAGGCGUUGGACGUCAACUUUGCUUAUGAUGCAACCGAGAAUACAGAUUCACCGCAAAUUUCCACCAGCAGCAUUUCUGAGGGUUUAAUUAAAGAUGCUGGACCCAUCAUUGACCAAAAAGCGAAGUCCAGAAAUGAAACGGUAUCCAAAAGGACUCGAAGAACAAAGCAUACUAAGGCAGCAUCGGAGGUUGAAACAAUAGAAGCCCCAGUGACGCACCCAAUUUUUCAGAGGGUUGAUGGUUCAGAUGCCCCAGAGCAAGAAAUAUUGAGUGAAGGGGAGACCUUCAUCAAGCCGUACGAUGUCGAGGAUGAUACCUCGAAAGAAUAUCAAGAAUGUGCGCCGAUAGUUUCAGAAUCUGAGACGCUGGCAAAAGAAAUUUCAGUCCCUGAGCUCCACCCUGACAAGUGGAUCAGUCGUCCGGGCAAAAACAAAGAAAACACAGAGAUCAGAUGCGUGGAAACCGUUCCAGAGGCUCUGGUCCAGUCAGAAAUGCCUCACGAAGAAGUCGAGAAAACUCCGAGCAUUCCCGAAAUGCAAGAAAAGGCACCAGAAGGGAGAAACAGACGAAAUCAACAUUUAAAACACUUGAAAAAGAGUAGUCGCAAUCAUCUCAAAUCUGAACAGCACGCGACGGACCUUGAUGUUGAGGAGAAAUCAGCGACGAAACCUGAACCCCGUCCAAAAGCACCAUCAAUUGAUAGCCCAACAAUAAAGGAAAAAUUGACAUCAAAUCAAGAUCUGAAAACGUUUGUGAUUGACAGCCAACAAAAUGUGGAAGCAUUGAUUCUCCACAGCAAAGCGAAGGAUAUUGACGAAUCAGAGAGACAUACAGAAGAUGAGGAAAUCACCAAGCAAAAUAUGCCUUCAUCUUUGAAGAACGAAGUGCAACCAGAGAAUGUGAAAAUGGACUCAGAAAAAGAAAAAGAAACGUCUCCCUCUCCUCGACCUGAAGAGGGACUUCAGGAAGAAAAAGAUCGACCAAAAAGCGAAUUAUUAAAAUUACAAAUACAAGAAGUGCCUGAACGUAAGGGAUUACAUUUUGAUGAAAUCGAAGUCAAUGCAACCGAGGUGAACCUAAAACUACAAACAUCAACUAAACCAGUGAGCAAGAAGAAAAAACGAGCACCUUUGACGGGACGAGCUGAAGCCUCAACAGCAUCAACGGUCACAUCAAAUAUACUCCAAAUAAGUGAACAGGAAGAAGCAAAGAUUGAAAGUUCGUUUAGGUCCGAAGCAGACAAAAUUCUCCCCGGGGAAGUGGACGAACGACCCUUACAAGAAUUACAACCACCGGUGAACGAGAUACGGCCACAGAAUGAACGUGAAUCCUUAUUCACGAUCGUGAGUGGUUCUGUAUCAAAUGAUGAUUCUGAAGAGCACAUAUCGUCUCUGAAAGAGACUAAACCAUCGAAUUCAACAGCAGUAAUAGAAGGUCAAGUCACGGAUACUAUCUUGAGUGACACGAAGCCCUCAGCAGAAUUGGUUAAAGAACGACUUGAACUGUACAUAAAAGAAGGCAGCAGAGUAACGUUGGCCUCAACGUCGGUUAUUCAGGCCUCAUCAUCAGAAACUGAACACGAUUCGCCACUGAACAUAGAUGAACUGAAAACAAGCACACCGGAAGCCAAAAAAGUUCAGCAUGAAACAAAUCUAGAAUACAGGAAAAUCAACGUCCAAACGGAUGAGCCACAGGAAGUCAAAAUUACAUUCUUGCAACCCCGUUCGCCUGAAAGUAUAAAUAUGGAAAAGAUUGAAACAAAAUCAGGCCAUCAAAUGCCAGGCCAGCAUGAAGAAGUUUCAGAGCAAACCAUGGAAGAACAGCGUACCAUGCUGCCAAAAGCAGAAAACAGCAGAACUUCUCCCCGUGAUGGCCGCGUGGAUACCUCCGUUGAGAUUGUUCAAGAAACUCAAUCAUCGGAAAAGUUGCCGGAAGAAAUUGAGAAAGGUUCAAUAAAACGUCGAGGAAAAAAGGUUAAAAGUUCACGUACUCAUUCUCUUGAAAGAAAAGCCGUCAUAGAAGUGAGGCCUGAGACUGAUCUCACUACGAAAGAAGCCGAAAAGAUGGAUGAAAAGUUGUCCCAGGAAGUAGCCUCAGCUGAAAAUGAUGCACAUUUUGAAACACGGCCUGAGGAGGAGCCAAAAGAAGUCAAGCAACCAAUAACAAAAGGCGGAACUUCUGAAGAAUAUGUUACGAUCUCCCCUACCAUUGAAACUUCUCAUGGUCCUACAAUAGUCAGCAGGGAUGAAACCCAGCGACCAACAAAUGCCAAUUUACUUGAUGAAGGCGGAAAACCUAAUAUCCAGUUACAAGCAAGUCGGAAAACCCUUGUCAAGAAUAUUGAAGUUCCUGACGAAUCACCAGCACGGGGAAUUGAGGAGGCAAUAAUGGAUUUAUCUGAAGAAGUACCAACUUUGCAAGAUGAAAUCAAGGAUGACGCAAGAACCACUGCUAAGUCUGUAAUUUUAUCAGACAAAGAAUCAGGUCCUAUGGAAGUAAUUAUUGCAAAAACUCCCUCUCAGAAUGACCAUAAGUUACCAAUCCAAGAACAUGAAGUAACUGUAUCAGAACUUGGAUCUUCGCCAGUAGAUACGAGGACCCAGAAUGAUGUGAUCCAAAGUAAAGUCACAGUCAAAAAGAAACUUCCCUGGACAACCAAAAAAUUGCAACCUUCCAGCAAAAUGAAAGACGAAAGGGACAAAUUAGAAACACCUGAAAAAGAAGUUUCUGACGAAUUACCAGCGCGGAGGAAUGACGAGGCAAUGGAUUCAUCUCAAGAACUACCAACUUUGCAAGAUGAGACAAAGGAUGUGACAAGAACCACUGUGAAGCCGAUAAUUUCAUCGGAAAAAGCAUCAGGUCCUAUGGAAGUAAUUAGUGCAAAAACUCCCACUCAGAAUGACCAAAAGUUACCAAUCCAAGAACAUGAGGCAACUGUAUCACAACUUGAAUCUUCGCCGGAAGAUACGAGGACCCAAAUUGAUGUAAUCCAAAGUAAAGUCACAGUCAAAAAGAAACUUCCCUGGACAACCAAAAAAUUUCAACCUUCCAGCAAAAUGAAAGACGAAAGGGACAAAUUAGAAACACCUGAAAAAGAAGUUCCUGACGAAUCACCAGCACGGAGAAAUGAGGAGGCAAUGGAUUUUUCUCAACAAGUACCAUCUUUGCAAGAUCACGACGUGGCGAGAACCACUGUUGAGUCGACAGUUGUAUCAGAAAAAGCAUCAGGUCCUAUAGAAGUAAUUAGUACAAAAACGCCCACUCAGAAUGACCAAAAGUUACCAAUCCAAGAGCUUGAAGCAACUGUACCAGAACUUGGAUCUUCGCCAGAAGAUACGAGGACCCAGAUUGAUGUAAUCCAAUGUAAAGUCACAGUCAAAAAGAAACUCCCCUGGACGACCAAAAAAUUGCAACCUUCCAGCCAAAUGGAACCCGAGGGAGAAAAAUCAGAAACACCUGACAAAGACGAGAGGGAAAGCCCUACAAGUAACAUACGGAAAAAAGCUUCUUCGAAGCUUGAAAUCAAUGAAAUUCUCAAGACUGCAAUCAGUUCAUCAAAUAUGCCCUCAGAGAUGAGUGAAAUCACAGCGCAUACAGAAUCACUUGAAACGUAUGCGCCACAAGAUAAAUUCUUGUCUUCCAGCACAGUAUCGCUAGAUGGCAAAGAAAUCCAAAUGGAAAACAACCAAUCGACUUCAAAAAAUCUUAAUACCUUGCAACUUUCAAGCCUCGAAGAGAUUCCUUGGGAUGAAAUCGAAGAAUUCCGAAGGAUUGCUGAAAUUUCUCGCUGUUCCACAAUUACUGAUAAAAAUCAGGAAAUGUCCAUUGCAGAGGCCACAUUGCCAUCGGUAUCCGUAAGCCAGCAACUUCCAUCUACUGCUGCUGAACCGUCUCAUGCGGAUGAAACCAUAUUCGAAACUGCUGUCGAGUCAAGCGCUCCACUACUUGAAGAAAAUUUUGCUCCAGAAAUGUCAAUCAAUCAACUGAUAAUUAUAUCCGGUGAAGCAAAGCCCAGUAAUGAAAAUGUGCCUGUUAAAUUUCAAAAAAGCUCUUCAGAUGUGUUCGGUUCCACUGAGGAUCAUCGGCAUCCCCGCCAAAGAAACGUCGCAAUUGAAGAAAAAGGACCACUUGAGCAUACGAGUGAAACGGAAGUCAACAAAUUACAGAUAAGCUUGUCGGAACCUCAUAAGGAGUUGGACAAGGUCACUGCAAACAUAAUUUUGGAUCGGAGGAUAACCAACAGGACUGAACAGGAAACAAAUAAGCAUGCGACCAUGCAAGUUUCCUCUACAGAAAUAAGCAAAAUGCAGUUUCAAGGGACCUCCACCACACCAGAAGAAAAGCAUGAAGAAAAAGUGGAACAUUUAUCACUUGAGAAUUUCCACAAAGAAGAAAUGAAUAGCCUAUUUGUCGAUGAAAUGUUAAAGCCAAUGCAACAAAUGGCCACCGAUUUCAAUGACCAAGAACCAUUCAAAUCUCGUGAUACAACACAUGAAGCCCUUCCAACUGCGGUCCUCUUGUCACACACCAUACUUGAGGACAAGUUUGAGGAAGCAGUUGUAUCGCGCCCAGAAAAAUACCGAAACGAUGUUCAAGAAAUUGAAACUUCCUCUGUGGUGAAGGAAACAGCUCCAACGUCAAAACCAGAAUCAGCUCCAGAAUCAAAACCCGAAACUGACUCACAGAAAAAUGUAUCAAUCCCUCGUCAAACUGAUCAGCCAACCCCAGAAAUCACGGCACCCGUUCAAACCAAAACUUUAAAGCCUCUCGCUGCGGCAGAGAGCUCGAACAAAGAUCAUAAGACAUUUAAAUCUGGUGCCAAAGAUAAAAUUGAAUGCUCCCAGGACGAUGCAAAAUUGCCCGAAGAGGAUGGAAUGCAACAUCCAUACCACACCGAGAGUAAAAAACAUGAAAAUCUGGAAUUUUCGUCUACUGUGAUGGUCACAAAGAACGAAGGUCCACGAAAAGUUAAAACGGAAAAACAUGUCAGAAAAAUGUUGGUUACAGCAAAACCGCUGGAGGAACGCCAUGAUAUCUGCGAAGCUGCGGUAGAAAUAGUUGCAUUGCACCCAGAAGAAAUAUCAGUCGCAGAAGGUCAACAGCAUCAAAUAAUGUUGUCGGGAAAAGAAUUUAUUGCGGACACUCUUGCACAGGAUUCCCUGUCUCCUCUAAUCAAAAGCGAGCGAGAAACAAAAGUGGCAGUAUUCGUGCACCACGAAUCCCAUCUGAAAGAAGCUAAAAUUGGCCAAUCAGUCAUUGUCUCCACGGAAAAUGAGUCAAUGCUGGGUUUAGAGAGUUCACCCUCAACAGUGCAGGGAAUUUCCAGUUUGACCUUUGAUCAAAUACGCAACACAACAAUUAGCAUUCAACCAUCCACUAAAUACGGACCUGAAACACUGCUCGCUGUUCUCGACAAAAAUGAGUCAGCUAAAUUCGAUGUCAUAAAGUCUGAAGUGCAGGAAUAUCUAACAAUGCAGGAAGUACUGCUUGAGUCAAAUUCCGGUGACUCGAUGCCGGAAUUACCCGAUGCUUCGGAAAUUGGUAGACAAGAGGCAUAUACUGUGAGCCUUCCUUUGCCAAUUCCUAAGAUUAGAGCUGAUGUUGAGAGGAGGGAUGAUAUAGAAAUAUUGGCUUCAAGUCAGACACUUCCCCUGGAAGAAAUGCCGGAAGAAGAACAUAUAAAAAUUCAUCAGCCUAUGCAGAAUCCCAUUCUGGCCCUUGAAGACUUCAUCUGCCAAAUAAGCCAAGAUACUGAAACGAUUGAACGGAUGGAAUCUUUGGAAACGCGUCGUACAGUACACAGUGUAACUAUCAUUGAUUCCUCUUCUCGGGAAAGCAUAAUGAAGGAGCGAAGUCAAGUUCAGAGGAAUCAGAUGGAAAGAACAGUAGCCUUCACAGUUCUCCGAGAAAUGCAGGAACAGUCUCGACCACGAGAUGAAUUAAGGGUCCCGAAUGUUCACGAACUUGGGCCAUGUCCAGAUACAUACCGAAGUGCCCUCGAGAUUACUGAAUUGAGUCCAGAUGACACAGAGGAAAACUUACCGAUGAAUACCUUCGAACAGUCAUUGAAGGAAUUAGAUCUCGAUUCUCAGGCAUUUUCCAAAAACGUCAUCAUUGAAGAGCCUUUUGAGGAGGAUUCUGAUGGUUUUCAGGACAUGACCGCAAAAGAAUCUGAAGAUGACACGAGUAUUCUCGAUUAUCGGGAAUCAGCAGUGCUUCAUAAAACUACAGGAAUUGAACAGAACCUGCCUCAAAUAGCUCACGAGGAAGAAACACCAGAUGAAAGGACGCCUGCUGACGACAAACCUCAAGAGGUUGAUAAUGAAUCGUGUGCAGGUGAAAUUUACAUGGUGGAGCAACUGCAAGACCAUAAAAUCAUGGAUGGAGAAACCGUGGUUCUUAUGUGCAAGGUUGGAGGAAUUCCGGAACCCGUCGUCAAUUGGUUCCACAAUGGAAGGCAUAUAAGAUGUCACAAGUUCUUGACGAUGUUCCAGGACGUAGAUGGAUCAUGCACUUUGACAAUCCAAAAUGCUUUUCCAGAAGACUCUGGUAGUUAUUGUUGCGUUGCUGAGAAUGACGCGGGAAUAGUUACCUCUACCUGCGAACUUGUAGUUGAAUGCUAUGAAUAUUGUUCAGAGUCAGACACAUCAACCCUUCAUACAGAGGGAGAUGAGGCGGAUUCUGCUCCUGAAAUUGAUAUUUCAGCGCAUGAUGCGGAAGAGACCACACUUGCAAGUGAUCAGCAGUCAGAAAAAGACGACGUACAGGUUGGAGAAUCAGAACACCUGGACUCAAAAUACUACAGGAAGCCUGACUGGCUAGUUCAGCUCGAGGAGCUUCAAAAGCUGGAAAAAGAGAUAUUUUGGUUCAAGGAGGACAAAGAAAUCAAAAAUUCAAAGCAACUUCAAACAAAAACAACCAAUGAAACGUCAACUUUGACCAUUCAUAAUGCUACUCCUGACAUGGCUGGCAAGUAUACUUGCAGAGCUAUGAACCCUGCUGGCAUGAUAAUUUCCGAAGCUUUCGUGACUGUACAAGAACUGACUAUCGAAGAGAAAGAAGGAGUUGAAACGGAAAGGAAAAAAGAAAUUGCUGAGUUCCAUGCCAGAGAGGAGCUCAGGCUUUCCGAGCGUGCUCAAAAGCGGGAGGACCGCAAGAAGAAGAGAGAAAUCAUACUUGAGAAGAAAAGCCAAACGAGGGAUCAGCUGACGUUGGAGAAGACGCAUCACUCUGAGGAUAGCAGCAUUAUGACGCUGAAGUCAUCCCUGGAGACCGAUCAAACUCAUACCACCAAAACAAAUCUGAAUUUGAUUAGUAGUGAUACUAAGACAGAAACAAGUUCCACUAUAGAUUCGAAAGCACAGAUCGAUCUUGAACGUAAAGAACAACCAAAGAAGCCAGAGGUCCCGUGGCAAGGAAAGGCAAACAAACUCAAAGUGGUGCCUGAGAAGAAACCUGCCAGCAAGCAAGCUUCCUCCUCUCUUGAAUGGCAGACAGCGAAGUUGAAACCUCCAAAGUUGCAGCCGGCUGCAAAUGAGGUAACAUCGACUACAGUAGAUCUAAAGCCUGCAGAAAUCCAAGAAAACAAAGAGAAACACUUCUCUGAAUUGACGCUGAAGCCAGUGCAGAAGACAGUUCCUCGUACUGAUGAAGUUAAAGGAAACACUUCCUCAACAAUGGCUAAUCUACCUCAGCAAGACAAUAAGUCCUUUUUGGGAGUCAAACUUCAACCCGCAAAACCUAAGCCCCAGAAAGUCCCUGAUACCACCACCGAGACGAAAACAACAAGUAUUAUUCAGGAGCUCUCUGAGACAAGUAAAACGGAUUUAUCAGUCAGUUUGUCAUCAACAACGAGAGACAAUCAAGUAUCCGAAUCAGAAAUCGUUCCGAUAGAAAGAUCAGAAAUAAUUGUAGACACCAGCAAACCCACGUCGGUAAAACCGGAUGAACAGCAACCGCAAGUAGUCUCUUCGAAACACGACAAAAAGAUUUCCAAAAUUGACAUCGAAAGGACUACGAAAAGCAUCGAGACAGUUCCUACAACUAAAAAAGACCAGGUACCAGCUGGUGAAGUUGAAGAAAAAAUCCAAACUUCGAAAGAUUCAAUCGCGCUCAAGAAACCCAAGAAAAAAGUGACUUCCAAGGCACAAGAUGUUAAGAAAGGAGUUCCUUCUGUUUCUAAAUCUCCAAAGGAAUCAGUAGCAGAACUGGCACAUGAUGCUCCAAAGGAAGAGAAACUAUCCAGCAGUGUUCAGUCAUCAACAAGUGUACAAGUGGAGCAUUUAGACGUCAUGGAGGUGCAUCAAGAGUUUUCCAGUCAUAAAACAACCGCAAAAGAGUCAAAAAUGUCAUCUACGCUAGAAUCUUUCAAAGCUGCAUCGGUUCAAGAAGUAACUCAGCAGCAAACUGCCAAGGAACUCGCACAAUUUCAUUCCGAAGUUGUUCAAUCGAAACUAUCCAUGGCACCAGCAGAAGCCCAGAUCCAAAUUUCGGAGUUUAUUGGUCUUGACAGCUUACAGGGUAGAAGUGCUGAUGCCCAUCAAGUACCUCUCAAUGCUAACCUAUCCGCUGUGGAGGGCUCUCAUCAAUCUGUAUGCAUUGCUGAAAUGCAGGUCACAGAAGACAUUGCACAGUUCUCAGAAAACGUUCGAGACCGUGUCAUGCCUCAGGUGAAGCAGACGGAAUCUCACUCUGUUACCACAGAAGAGGUGUUCAUAGAGGAACCAAAUGCUGACUUGAAGGAAAUCCAUUUGCCAUUAGCAGAGGCAAAAUCAUCCAAGUCUGACGCUCACCAAUUCGCGGCUUCCAAGCAAGACCUUAUACUGUCAGAUACUACGGAGGCAACACCAGUCAAUACAUUCAACACAACACAAACUGAUUCGGAACACGUGACCACAGACCAUCCAACGGAGUCUUAUAAGACAUUCGCAAACUUGGCUGACGCCAAGGAUGUCGAAGAGGAAUUUUUUCAGUCACAACAACUUCUUCGGCCGAAAGAAACCACAGCAACAUUUGUUAGUUCACAAAUGGACGAAUCUCUUGCUCAGGAGAGUACCCAAAUAUUGGAAGAAACAAAUAAUGUUCAGCUUAGGAGACAAGCUAAAACGAAACUUCGUCGACCAAAAGAAGCCAAAGCACCAUCGGUUAGUUCGCAAAUGGAUGAAUCCUUUGUUCAGGAGAGUACCCAAAUGUUGGAAGAAACAAAUAAUGUUCAGCUUAGAAAACAAGUUAAACAAAAACGUCUUCAGCCAAAAGAAACCACUGCAGCUUUGGUUAGUUCACAAAUGGAUGAAUCUCUUGUUCAGGAGAGCACCCAAAUGUUGGAAGAAACAAGUCAUGUUCAACCUGAGAAACAAGUCGAACCGAAAUCUCUACGACCGAAGGAAACCAUAGCAGCUUUGGUUAGUUCACAAAUGGAUGAAUCUCUUGUUCAGGAGAGCACCCAAAUGUUGGAAGAAACAAAAUAUGUUCAACUUAAGAAACAAGUUGAACCGAAAUCUCUACGAACAAAGGAAACCAUAGCAGCAUCAGUUGCUCCACAAAUGGAUGAAUCUCUCGUUCAGGAGAGCACCCAAGUGUUGGAGGAAACAAAUAAUGUUCAGCUUAGAAAACAAGUUAAACAAAAACGUCUUCAGCCAAAAGAAACCAAAGCACCAUUGGUUAGUUCACAAAUGGAUGAAUCUCUCGUUCAGGAGAGCGCUCAAAUGUUCGAAGCAACGAAAAAUGUUCAGCUAGGUAAACAAGCUAUGCACAGUAUCGAAGCUCCAGUUCUCGUUCCAAAUGCUACGCAAAUUCAACACGAAGAGCAACAGGCAGAACAACUUGAAAUUCCAGUUCCAGGAUUGUCACAAGCCAUUGUCACUGGUGACGAUCUACUGAGCCACACGGAGACUCCGCAUCCCAUUCUUCAAAAGCAUGAAUUGGACUCCUCGCAUACCACGAAGAAAAGGGUACUGCUCCAACUAUCCGCUGUUGAGAAAUGUGAGAACCUGAUCCCUGAAGAAACUUGUGACUCUCAGACAAUGCCGGAAUUCACUUCAGAAGCUGCUUCCGAAGACUUGCUUUGUCAUCUGCCCGCUCCGAAUAUGAUGUCACAAGUUCUUAUGGACGGUAUUGGCGGAUUUGAAAAUGGGAGACAAAUGGCUCAAACGCAGACCGGCAAGAUUUCUUACGAUCUCGAGAAAUUAGCUCCCACCAACUACUUGAUGAUGUGCCUGAUGUCUACUCCUGCUCUACAUCCUGAUGCUGUCAACGAAGACAAAACGCCUUCAAUAACCAUGGUGGAUUUAAUGAAAACUGUACCAUCACAGCAGAAAUGCUGCAUAUGGAGCAGUGCAGCAAGCAUGAAUGUGCAACUUCCAGAAAUGAAGAGGAUAGAGGGGUCUUACACUGAAAAGGCGAAGAAUGUUGCCAGCACUGCACUGAUUCAACCGGCCGAGAUGGAACUCCAUGAGAAAUUCUGGACUCAGCCGGGAACAGUAAAUGCUGAGAGCGAUAUAGCUGGCUUCUUCAAGUCGACGAAUGAAAUGUUUUCGCCAGUAUUGAUUGAAAGUGUGACGUAUGCCAAAGACUUCUGUCAUGAUCUGGAAAGUGGAUCUGCACUUCUCACGUCUGGCCAUCCAGUAGCAAGCCAAGAAAUACGCCCUGUUUUGAGUUCAACCAACAAAAUGACGGCGUAUGCUGCGAUGCCAGCAGUGGAAGCAGAUACAAAUUACGAGUUGCAGAGCAUGAUCGAGAAGCUGGAAAUAGUCGCUGGUUCGACAGAAAAAUACUUUUCAACACCAUCCACUCCCUCUCAUCAAACUGCUGCGACGUCACGCAUGGAGAAAGAAUCUAUCAGGAGUUCUGAAAAUGUAGCUCUGGAAGCUGAAAAAACUUUCACGGAAGAACUGAGAGACACAGAGAAAUUGAUGACAUCACUCGAGUGCCGGGGUGGAAUACUGCCAACGAUUAGAACAGUCAACUUGGAGGGUCAAACGUUGACGUCUGAGACAGUCCCAAUGAAAACGGAUUCUGCGAAGGAAUCUCUCUAUUUCAUCGACAAUUAUGCCGGACAAGUCACAGAUACGACUACUUUGACAGCAACAGAGCAACUGCAAGAUGAGCGAAAGGACAAAGCGCAAUCGGCAAAAAUGGAAAUUCCGAUUACGGAGGCAUAUCUCACAAAAACUGAAGUCAAAACGAUGUCAUCAGCUACGCAGUUAAACCAGGAUUUCAGAGAAGUUGGCGAAAGUCAAAUCCAACCAAACUUGAUCUUUCAACCGCUGAUGGCUGGAGAAGUUAAGCAAGAUGUACCCAUGGACGGACUUGCCAAAUUUCAGCAGGACUCUCUUCCAUCCACUCGAGGAAAAAUUGUUCUACCUUCGCUAGGAAACACUGUGAGUGCCUCAGAAGUUCUGGUGUCAGAAAGCAGUGGUAUUUGUGUUGAAGAAGCGAGGAACGAGGAAAAUGUGGCUCCUAGCUUAGAUUUGAGUGAAUUCAAACACAUCGAAACAACGCAAAACAUGAUCACGGGUUUUGCAGCGGAACUGCGAAAACCUGAGUUGAAUUCAUGCCAAGUUCAGGUAACGAUUCCUGUACGGGACAGUUCUUGCACUAGGACAGAAACGACUUUGAUGGAGCCAAAGACAGAAAUCCUACAAAGUCAUAAAAACCCGGAUCUCACAACCGCAGCAUUUUCUGCUUGCAUUCAGCCCAUGAGAGCUAACGAAAUUUCCACUGUUCAGUCUCAUGAAUUAUCUGAAGAUUUGAUCGGAGCACCAAAGCAACUUGAAACAUCUGCAACACCUGCUUUUCCUCAAAAUGAGGCUCCAAUUGUCGAAUCAGUGUUCAUAUCAUCUGGCGUUUCAUCUCACGAGGCGCCAGAAAUGCCAAUAGCUGAUGCCGGAAGUUGUUCGACAAAUUUGAUUCCACUUGCUGUGACUGCAGUAAACAAAUGUACGACUAUUCAACAUGCUGAAGAAAUCCUUGAUGCACCACGUUCAACUCAGUCAGCGAAAGUUCUUCUUCCUGUGCGUGACAAUUCCAUCUCGAGAACUGAAGUUCCCGUAUCUCCCGAGGAAUUAUCCCCACUCGAGAAUAGACUCGUGUCAAAGAGUUUUAAUGCUGAUCUCAGUAUCUGCCACAAAGGAUUGUAUUCAAGUGAAGUAACUAAAGUAUUUCCAUCAGAUUCUGCUGAACUUUUGAGAAGUUCCACCGAAUCAGAAGUUGCAAGAGUUAUUUUGCCAAUCCGGGAUUCCUCUGUCAGUCGUCAGUUGAACUUUCAAGAAACAUCGGUUUAUCCCACUGAAAAACUCGAUUUGGGAGAAAUUGGUAAUGCACAAAAAACCCUCUGCAUCCAACCUCUCCAAGCUGGGGAAGUUGCAGCAAGUUGCACGCUGCAAACCACAUCGACGCUAAGGGAAACGAAGAGAAGAAGAGAUCUGUACGCUGCUGCAAAAUCAUCUCUUCAGCAACGGGAUUCAUCAUUGAGCAGAACAGAGACGUUCUUGGAUGAAAAUCUCGCUCCAUUUGUGCCAAAGCCUUUGAAGCUUGAUUCUAGCUCUGCUCAAGAACAGAUUUUAAAGCAAAACGCUGUUGAGACAACUAAAGUACAGCCACAAGACAACAUCGAAGCCCUGGAAUUAGCUUCGAUGAAGAAUGAAAAAGCGAACAUAAUUUGUGCAACCAGCCAGCCGACAGCUCAAGUUUCUGUAGUUCUUCCAACGGAGGGUACUACUGACACAGAAACAUUCUCCUCAACUAAAUCCUUGGAAAAGGACGCGAGUGUAUCAAUAAUUCCAGAAGAAGCCAUUCUUGUGAAGCAAGAUGUCACCAAUGAUGCAGCAGAGAUCGAAGCCCUGGAAUUAGCUUCGACAAAGAAUGAAAAAGCAAACAUAAUUUGUGCAACCAGCCAGCCGACAGCUCAAGUUUCUGUAGUUCUUCCAACAGAGGGUACUACUGACACAGAAACAUUCUCCUCAACUAAAACCUUGGAGAAGGACGCGAGUGUAUCAAUAAUUCAAGAAGAGGCCAUUCUUGUGAAGCAAGAUGUCACCAAUGAUACAGCAGAGAUUUCACAUGGCGUGCUCGAAAAAUACUCUGUCGAUUUUGGAACGGUUGCACUUGAACAAGCAUCUGCAACAUCCAUUGCUCACGUUAUUGCAAAUGAAACCGUCGAGCCAAAUCCUGAAACAAAACUCCAACUCGGAUUGGAGAUCCAGUCAAGCAUGCAUCCAGUGUCACAGAAUGCACCACAAGUGAAAGCUGAAUUGUUUUUCGAAAAUACAAUGGCCAUGCCAAAGCUGUCAGAACCAGCAAACCAGCAAGUUACGAAAACCUCCCUGGCGGAAUUUACUGCAGUGACGGGAAGUCUAGUGAGGUCUUUGGAAAACUCUGAAAACCUUCAGAUAGAAAAAAGUCAAUCGAUCAACCCAGAGUUUUCAGUCAGUCAAAUGAUGCAAUUGCCAAUCGUUAGUGAAUCACUGCGGGUUGAAAAUACAGACGAAAGAAAACCUGGCGAAGAGGAAAUCAACCUCAUUCGACAAAGAAUAGCUCCGACUCAAAUUCCAGAAAGUUCUGGGGAGAUUGAGACAGCAGUGACUUGCUCUCACUUUGAUAUCGAAUCGAAGAGUUACAAUGCUGAUCUCAAAGAGGCCAUUCUUGUGAAGCAAGAUGUCACCAAUGAUGCAGCAGAGAUCGAAGCCCUGGAAUUAGCUUCGACAAAGAAUGAAAAAGCGAGCAUAAUUUGUGCAACCAGCCAGCCGACAGCUCAAGUUUCUGUAGUUCUUCCAACAGAGGGUACUACUGACACAGAAACAUUCUCCUCAACUAAAUCCUUGGAAAAGGACGCGAGCGUAUCAAUAAUUCAAGAAGAGGCCAUUCUUGUGAAGCAAGAUGUCACCAAUGAUACAGCAGAGAUUUCACAUGGCAUGCUCGAAAAAUACUCCGUCGAUUUUGGAACGGUUGCACUUGAACAAGCAUCUGCAACAUCCAUUGCUCAUGUUAUUGCAAAUGAAACCGUCAAGCCAACUCCUGAAACAAAACUCGACCUUGAAGUGGAGGUCAGGUCAAGCAUGCAAACAGUGUCACAGAAUGCACCUCAACUGGAAGCAGAAUUACUUUUCGAAAAUACAAUGGUCAUGCCGAAACAGUCAGAACCGCUGAUUCAGAAAGUUACAAAGACGUCCCUUGCGGAAUUUUCUGCAGUGACGGGAAGUCUAGUGAGGUCUUUGGAAAACUCUGAAAAUCUUCCGACAGAAAAGAGUCAAUCGAUCAACCCAGAGUUUUCAGUCAGUCAAAUGAUGCAAUUGCCACUUGUUAGUGAAUCAUUGCGCAUUGAAAAUACCGAUGAAAGAAAAUCUGGUGAAGAGCAAAUCAACCUCAUUCAACAAACAAUAGCUCCGACUCAAAUUCCAGAAAGUUCUGGGGAGAUUGAGACAGCUGUUACUUGCUCUUACUUCGAUACUCAAGAUGUACCAGAAUCACACGCUACUGCAAAUCAGGAAGCACUGCUGAAAGCUCCACUGCAAACAUCUGCAAUUCACUUAUCAGAUGUUGAAGAGAUCUCGGAAUCCUCUAUCCCGGAACAUCACAUUAUUCCAACGAUCUCUUCUAAUGAAGCAUUAUGCACAACGGUCCGCUAUGACACUGAAAAUUCGGAAGAAAUGAAGAGCAUUAAACACACUGAAUUUAAUGCAAAGGGGACACUAUCAGCUGAAUUGCAUUCCACAGCAUUGCAAGAUGAACUCUGCUUGCUUGAAUCUUCUCAAGCACUCAGUGAGUUCUCCUCUGCCACUGAUUCUGUGAAACAGGGUUUCUCCAAAACAUUUUCUGGUGUAGAAAUCAGUUCGACACGUGUCUUGGACACUCCCCGUGAUCUCGUUCAAAUCGAAUUAGAGAGUGCUGCAGCUGAUGAACCAUUGCUUCAAGAAUCUAUGCCUGUGGCUCAAACUAGAGAAACCUUGGCUUGUGAAUCGGGGAUGGGUUUAGUUCUUGAUUCCGCCAGCUCCACCAUUCAAUAUCCAGAGAUGACCAUCUUACCCAACAACAAAGUUGAAUCAAGUAUACAGCAAGCUCUUCAAAGCGUAGUAUCUAAGAAGAUGGAAAUCGUCAUUUCUGAAACUUUUGGAACAGUCUCUGUCCAAGAGGAACUACAAGGAAACGCAACUUCAGAGGAAAGCACGGCAUUUGAGACCACAAAAGAAAACCAGCUCUUUACUGCGACUCGACACAUGGCGAAAGAAAUUCUUUCUCCGCUCAAUGAGAAAAUUUCCACAGAGAUGCAAGAGCUGGAAAGUGAAAUGGCUCCUUUGCCAUUAAGCCAGAGACAACCAUUGGUUGCAGUUGCAAAGCAGCUGCAAGACACCGUAGAGGGAAUAUCAAUCUCUGAAGUUCCUUUGGACUUCAUAGGCUUGGAACAAGUUCCCCCACUUCCACAAAACGAAAUCCUCAAGGCCACGCCGAGAGAGUCUACAAUUCCAAUUCUUGUCACUGAAGUCAUACAAGGAGAAGAAGUUCAACUACGAGAGGAUAACGAUGUCCCCAUGGCAUCCAAUGCCCAGCAUGGAAUAUCACCAACACUUACUGACAAAGAGGAGAACAAGAAAGUCCGCUUUGCCGAGGAAACGGAAGAGUUUGCUUCUGAUGACUAUUUUGCAGAUGCUCCAACAGACUUUUCCGAUCAUGAGGCGAAGGAAGUAUUCGUAGAUGCUCCUGCAGAAUUUUCUAUUGGCUCAGAUUCUGUCAUUGGGGAUGUCGUGAGAACCAUGAAAAACGUCGAAUCUGUGACUUUUCAAGAAUUGGAAGAUCAGCCUCUACCGACAGAAACCGUGGAAUCUGACUUUAUGGAGAAAGAAGUUACCUGGACAAAAGUCAUGAGAGAAGACGGUGAGUUUGACCUCAAAAAGGUCGAAAAGACACGAAAAUGGGCAGCUAAUCCAAUACAAGGAGAUACACCAAUCGUAAUUGAAGAGGUUGCUGAGGAGAUUGAAAAAGAACCUACUAAAAGCUCCAAAUCAUCCAGCACGAGCCUAACAAUCCAGGAGAUUGACAAUGAUUUGACAGAUACACCAAAACCCGCAGAACUUGAAAAAGAUCAAAGCGUGGAGUGCAUCAGUUCCGCAAACUUAAAAAUGAAGAAAAAAUUCAAAUCCAGUGCAGAAACGAAACCAUUGACUGCACCCACCAAGUUGAAUACAUCCAGUACCUCAUCAAUACCUGGGGACGUACAAGACACAACAACGGACUUGGAAAAACAACACGUGCUGGCAAUCGAUGUCGUAGAAAAAGAAGAAGUGUUUAGUAGCGCAUCCGAAUUGCCAGGUAAGACAUCCCUGAGGGUGGAUGAAUCCACUGUCGAAGCAACACAAAUGCUACAGUCCAUUUCGGAACACACGACAGAAGCCUCGAAUUCUGUUACUUUCUAUCAGGAUAACCGCAAAGUGAACGAGGAAACAGAUCAAUCAAAAUUAUCCAUUUCUCUUGAUCAUUCUUCGGAAAAGAAGAAAGUCCAGAAGAAAGUAAAGAAAUCCGUGAAAAUUUCAAAUACCGAGGCAAGCAUCUCCAUGUCCAGUGAGAAAGUAAAUUUGGAAAAAUCAACUGCAACGCUAGAAAUUUCCGACGAUAAAGAUGAACAGAAAUUUACUUCAACAACCAUCCCACUGCAUGAAACAUCCCUGCUUGUGGAGCCGGAAUCACACACAGAAGUCGAAGUCUCUCUUAAAACCAGCAAACGUACGGACAUUACUUCAAAAACAGCAACAGAAAGGACAUACAUCACUCUAGAAAGGACACCAACAGCUGCUGAGCAAUCCUCUAUGUCUGAUGCGUCUUCACACAAGACUGAACACGACUUCGAACCAACAUUAUCUCACACUGCAAUUUGUGACUUAAGCCUGACAAAACAGACUGAUGCAACUGGUGCCAUCAAUCUGCAACAAAAAGAUGAGGAUGACACCACAGAAACUGCGAUCCAAAUUCAAGAAAUUCGACCAGCAGCCAUCAUCAAAACUCAAGCUGAAAACAUACCAACCGUUCAGACUGUCACUCUACAUGAAACAGGCUCAGUUGAAAAAACCACUACAGUACAUUUUGAGGAAGUUGAUUCUCCUGUGAUUCACAUUACCUCAGGAAAAGUUGAAAAAGUGGUGGUGGACAAAACUUUUGCUCAAGAAAACCAAACCAUCGACAUUAUUGAGUGUGCAACACCAUUUCAUACACGGGAUACUGAUACGGUUUCUGCCAAGGGUCACAGAGAAACCAUGGAACAUUUCAACAUAACUGAAGCAACAACAUUCACUGCAGUCGAAUCCAAUCUUGAAAUCCUACCUGUUACACCAAAAAAACUUCCUCGGCCAUCACUGGAAGCAGACAUCAAGAUGAUGCCAGUCACACAAGAAGAUAUUGUAGUUGAGAAUGUGAAACAAUUAGAGCACCAGGAAACCAAUCAAACACAAAUCAGCAUGACUCAGACCAAAGAAAACAUGAAGAUGUCAGUUCAUGUAGCCGAAAAAUGGUCCGUCCAUUCAACAGAAAAACUUGAUCAUGCAGAGAAACCCUUCCCUGAAGGUGGGAUCCUGUCAUUACAAGAACCCAGCGAAACCACUCAGAUUGAAGAAAUGAAUCUCAUUGAGCCAGCUGAGCAAAUGCCUGGGUUCAGCGUAGCUUUGGACAUUAGAAAGCCUAAAAUUCACAUUCCGAUCCAGCAUCAUAUGCAGCAGACUGAAAAUAUUACACUACAAGAUACACCAUCAAUUAUAUCAUCUCCUUUGAAAGGGGAAAGUUCUUUAUUGACAACAUCAAUGCCCCAUCAGUGUGCCAAUAUCCUGCAGACAGAAUCUUUUGAACUCUCACAAGGACUCCCGAGUGUUACGGAUCUCCCAACAGAAACAAGCAAAUCUUCCAUGGAACACCGAACACCCGGCACCAUUGAAAUCACAGAGAUUGUUUCUAAUGAUGCCCCACUUGAAAUGCUACAAACAGGUCUGAAAACCGAUUUUGCAACAUUCACGGGGCAUACAACGCAAGACACACUGGAAAUCAUGGAAAUAUCUCCAUGCUCUUCAAUAGGCAAAAUUGCAACCAAAGAAAAUGUACCUGCACAAGCAGCUAUUUUAACCAGGACAGAACCAUUCAGUACAAGCCUGGUGCACGAUGAACAAUUGAUGGAAUCACCUGAAACAUUUAAAGACAUGCAAAAGCCUGAAUUGAAUGAUGCACAAAUUCGAGAUGCAGAGGAAAUGCAUGGUGUGAUAGUCAUGAAAACGUGCUCAACUGAACACACCGAACAAAUCCUUCACAGAGCUGAGCCUCAGGAGAAAUGUCACCAACUACUUGGAAAUGAGAACAGCAUACAAGUUUCACACACGUUGUCCUUCGAACAGUCAAACUUGUUGCAGAAAAUGGAAUUGGAGAGUACUUUGGCCGUCAAAAGCCUUGAGCCUCUCCAAUUCACUGCUGCCAGUGUGACAGAAAAUCGAUUCGAAGAAGCUCCCAGUGACACAGUUCCAAUUGUGAAAGAAACUGACACAGUUAUUCCAACCUUCGAUGCUUCCUCAGGCUUCAAUAUUGAAACUUAUCAGAUUCAAACAAAUGAAUCACUCGCAAACAUGGAGCCAUUCCGAGUCCCUGCAGAACCCAUUGAAAUCAAGGAAUCUCGUCAGCCUUCCACAAGCAUAGAAAUAUUGGAAACAACCACUCGUGAUUCUUAUAAAGCCAUUGCUCAUGAACAACAAGAAGCUGAUAUUGCAAGCAUGACACUGUCAGAUGCUGUUGAAUCAGGAUUGCACAUUGACAGGCCCAUGGCACUUGAACAUGCAACUGAAUUGAGAUCCCAAGCACCAGAAACAGAUCAAAAUCAAAAUGUUGCAUUUGUUCCACAUCAUGAGUUGCAUGUAGCUGAGUCAGAUUUCUGCGAGAAAGGGACACAUUUGCCAGGAUUGCAUUUGGAACCUGAGGUUGUCCAUCCUGGACUUACAGAAAAUUUGGAAGAACAUUUCAGCAUCACAGAAAUAUCAAGCUCUGAAUUACCAUCAGAGCUCAUAUUACUCAAACCGCAGGAUGAAUAUUCAUUGCCAAAGCAAGAUUCUCACUUGAGCAUUGAGGUCAAUGAGUUACAAAUUUCAGACUCAUUUGACAAUUUUGAAGAAAAUAUUCAGUCAGAGGCAGUCAGAGCAUCUGGUACAAGCUCAGGAUUCACUUCUGCAAGUGUACAAAUAGAAGAGCUUGAUGUCCACGAAACACCGAGUUCUUUCCAUGCAUUACACUACAACAAGGAAAACGUGUCACCAAAAGUGGGAGGUGCGGAAAACUGUUAUAUUGAAGUAACUCAGUCAUUACCCAGUGAUGAGACCGAAUCUUUAAAAACGAAGGAGGAACCCAAAGAAUUUCUACAACAGUUUCAGACUAUGCCAGACAGCAUGCAAAUUCUUGAAAUUGGAGAGGUUCAAACAUUCAUGAAACCUGUGGACACUGACUUUGGACAUGAAGAAGAAUCCAACAAUCUUAUACAAGAAACGACUGCUUUGAAGGACACGGAUUUCGAACACGAAACUGCGACAGAAAGUACAACUCCAACUGAAUCAUUGAAUGAGGCUAAGAUUAAUACCCAAAAUUUCCAACAAGAUUCGUCCUUUACAGCGGUUUCAGCCUCUAAAAAGUCCGUGAAAAAGAAGGAGACUAAGAAAGAAAAAACAGUGGUCUCUACUGCCCGCGAGGAAGAAAUCACGGAUUUUCAGCCCGAAGUAUCCUCCAUAACAAGUUCGCCUCUUCCAAGUGAAGCUCAUGCUGUGGAGAGUGGCUUGCACCCAACAAAAUCCAUUGCAUCCGCAGAAACGUUGCAUCCUGACGAAGGUCAAUUUGUGCAAAGUUGCGUUUCUGUUCCUGCAAAGUCUGAUCAAGCAACGAAGGAAAUUACGCUGCAAGAAACAAAUGCAUUGGUCAUUGAGGAGGAAGUUAUCAGUGGGAGAAGCCAGCAAAUAGAGCAACCCAAAGCAAGAGAUGAACACGCCACAGAAGCCCAGGAAAUCAACGCAGUUGAGAACAAGGCAGUUGACACGACUUCGAAAGUCCAACUGGCUCCUAAACGAAAAAUCAGUGCACCUGAGCCGAGCAAAAAGGAGCCAUCUUUCCUGUCAUUGAAACUGAGGCCAACAAAGCGAGCAGACAAGGUUAUUGAGCAAAUGACGUUGGAGACUGUUGACUUGAAGCCAGUAGAAAAAGAAGAAGUCACUGUGGAAGAAACUACGGACGAGACAAUCACCACGUUACCAAAACCUAUUCAAGUGCGGGAGUAUACAUCAGAUGAGGUAAGUUUAUGCCCCGAACCUGUAUCCGAGCAGACCGAUUUGGAGACCCUUCAGACACAAAAACAAAAACGCACCAAGAAAAAAAUGAUCAUACAACAAACAUCAGAAGCAGAAGCUACUACACAUAAAACACUCGUCAAAACCAGCGAAGACAUUGAAGUACAAGCCACCUUGAAAUAUCGAACAAAGGGUGUGACACAAGAUUCUGCAGUCGAAGAGACAUUCACUCUUCAGAGAAUGUCUCAAGAAGAACAACCUGAAUCUACUGAAACUGUCCAAGUAAUCACAUUGCGGCGGAAAUCUUCACAGUCUGAAAAAUUAAAUGAAGAAGCUACCGCGGAACUGAGCAUGAGAGAGAAGUCUCAGGAGCAAUUCAAUAUUACUUUGAAGAAGAAGCAGAAGAACUAUAUAGUUGAGGACAUGGAAAUCUCAGCAACUGCACCAAGGGCAGUAACAUCAACUCCAGAUUCUUUCACGGAAGGAGAAGCUACCUUCGCUCUACCAUCACCUGAACCACCCGCUGGAGGACUGGACACUUCUGAAUCAUUCCAGUUGUCUAUGAAACAAAGAAAAGAUUUCAUUCCAUCACUUCUGGAAGACUCCAUGGAACUACGUCUCGUUCUUCCGAGCAUUCCAGCACCCUCUGUGGAAGUUAUUGAAGAACUGGUUGAGGACGUGGAACACUUGGUGAUAUGGGAACCGAAAGCAGGCGAAACCGGGCAAGCCGUUGCUACAUAUGUAGCAGAAUCUGAUGAUGUUCUCAAUUUGGUGGAGGGAGAACGAGUAUAUAUCAUCGAAUCAACCCACAUUGACUGGUGGUUUGUGCGGAAACAUCUGACAGAGGAGGCCGGUUGGGCGCCAGCGAAAUAUCUUAAGGAUGAGGCGUCGUACACCUUAUUCGUCAACAAGAAGAUAAAUGAUAAGAUUGCCAAGCUCCCUGUUCUAGAAGGCUCACAUCCCGAAGAACCACAAAAAAUUCCGAAAUUCAUCCAAGAGAUUCAAUCUCAAAGUGUUCCAGACGGGGCCACAGUUCAAUUUGAGUGUAGAGUCGAGGGAAAUCCAAGACCCCUCAUCACAUGGUUUCGUCAAACGGCCAUCAUCAAACAAUCGUAUGACUUUCAAAUUUUCCAUGAUGAAGACAAUGUGGCUACAUUGAUCAUCCGAGAGGUAUUUCCAGAAGAUGCUGGCCUGAUAACAGUGGUAGCCAAAAACUCUGCCGGGCAUUCAACGUGUUCAGCACAGUUAACAGUUGAAGCUCCUCUUUCCGAUCAUGGAUCUGAAACUGGAGGAGUGACGCGCCGAAGUUUGUCAAGGGAAUCGAGUUUGGUUGACUUGCUAGAAGGAAUACCCCCAACAUUUGCUGCAAAGCCUCGAAUACGUGUAGUAGAGGAAGGUUCAGAAGUGAAAUUGGAAUUCCGCCUGAUUGCUGUACCCGAACCAGAAAUAACCUGGCUCUUCAACGGCAAGGAAUUGAAGACAGCAGAAAAUGUCGUGGUUUCGCAACAGACCGACGUUCACAUGUAUUCUCACAUUGUUACGCUUAAAAAAGCAACACGCUCACAGGCAGGAACUUACGAAAUUAUUGCCAAAAAUCGGGAAGGAGAAGCAUCUACAACAGUUACAGUCACAGUCGAGCCUCGUGAGCCUCCGUCAAUCAUUGAACCCCUGGAGCAGGUUGAAGUCGAAGCAAACCAAUCAACAAAUUUAACAGCCAGGAUUGGUGGAGUCCCUCAGCCAACCAUAACUUGGAGCAGAAAUGGGCAGGUGUUGAGUGAUGCUCGCUUCCGCACAACCGUUGAGGGGAAUAAAUACUUGUUGAGCAUAUACCAAGUGACAUCUGCUGAAGUCGGGAUGUAUACCCUAAAAGCAGAAAACGCUGCUGGCUCGGUAGAAUGUUCGGCAGAGCUCAAAAUUAAACCAGCCGAAGACGAGCAAUCGCUUCCUAAAAUCACAAACGCAUUUGGUGAUAUUACCGUGAAGAAAGACGAAGCUGUGAUACUUGAAGCCACCGUGAUAGGAAGUCCGAAGCCCAAGGUUACGUGGCAACGGAAUGGCACUCAUAUCAAAUCUGAUGCGCGCGUCAAAAGCGUCACGAAAGGAAGUAAGUACUUGCUCAAAAUCUCCAAAUUUGUACCGGAAAUGGAUGUCGGGGAAUAUACCAUUCACGCCGAAAAUUCAAUCGGAAAAGCAUCCCACAGGGCGAGUGUGAAUACUGACGAACCUGUUCGGUUUGUCGAACCCCUGCACGACAUAAACGUCGAGGAGGGCUGCGAAAUUCAGCUCGAAUGCGAGACAAAUCAACCGGCUAAAGUUCGGUGGGUUCAUGUCAUCGAUCAAGAAGAAGUGACGAUUGAAUCAUCAGCCAAGUAUGACGUCACAACCUUGACAUCGACGUUGCAUCGCUUAGUCAUCAGAGAUGUAACGAAAGAAGACACUGGCUACUACCGGUGCUCCACGGAUCACGACACUACUGAGGCUACGCUGCAUGUUGCAGACCAUGGGCCAGAUUUCUUACACAAACUUCACGACAUGGAGGUGAAGGAAACACAAACAGCUACGUUCACAUUGCAAGUCACGACUCCAACAGCAGAUGUGACGUGGCACAAGGCAAAGUUGCCGCCAGAUUUUCUGAAAUCCAUCGAUGACCAAACUGUAGCUCGCGGAGAAACCGUUCAAUUUGAAAUACUUUCCUCUAAGGGCGAUGCCACUGCGAAGUGGUUGAAAAACGGGAAGGAAAUCAGCAUGUCUGAGAGGAUACAGAAUGUUAUCGACGGGAAAGUGCAAAAGCUGAUCAUAGCGAAUACGACCUUGGACGAUGCUGCUGAAUACACCUGUAAGCUUGGUGAAAAGCGGUGCACAGCAAAGCUUCUCGUGGAAGAGCCAUUGGCGAAAUUCGUCAAAAUGUUGCCGAAGAGGCUGACAAUCCCCAGCGGUCAAGUCCUGACCCUCGAUGUCGAAAUAUCCGCGGAGGUACCAGAAAUGACAUGGCUCAGGGACGGGAAAAAGAUCGUCUACUUGAACGACUCUCGGUUCCAAUUGGAAACGGCAGGAGCAACAAGUCGCUUGACUUUACAAAACGUGGCGACAUCUGAUGAGGCAACAUAUGAAUGCCAAGUCGGGAAUGUUUGUUCGCGGUGCCAGGUUACAGUAACAGUCUCGCACAUUCCGCCAAGCAUCGAUCGAUCAUCUUUGCAAUCGGAAUACACGAUAAAGCGCGGUGAAGACUUGAACGUAACCAUUCGGAUUCAGACGGGUUCUCCCGGCAGACCGGAAAUUACCUGGUUGAAGGACAAUAAAACUGUCGACAAAGACACCAUGUCAUACUCCUAUCAAGCUGAUACGGUUGAGUUCACUUUGAAGCAGGUUUCCGCUACAGCUGCUGGAACUUACAAACUGAAGAUGGAAAAUACGUCGGGUGACGUGUCAGCGUCCUUCAAUGUGAAAAUCCUGGACUUUCCAUCCAAGCCGGGGACGCCGCAAGGGACAGAUUUCACGAAUGAUUCCGUCACUCUUCACUGGAAAACGCCUCAAGACGACGGCGGGGUUCCGAUCCUGAACUAUAUUCUUGAAUAUCGCCUCAAAUCAAGCUUGACUUGGAUUCGGGUCGGGGCAGAAAACUCCCGCGAUACGACCACCACCCGUGUCGUGAAAGAGCUUACAAAGUCGUCUGAGUAUAUUUUCCGCGUUUCGGCGGAAAACGAAGUGGGUGUCAGCGAGCCCAUAGAAAGCGACGCUCUCGUUAUUUGCGCUCCGAUUAAAUCCGAGCCUCCCGUUAUCAAGCAGCCCCUGCACGACGUGACUGUUGGUCUCAACAAAGAAGUCCACCUUGAAUGCAUCAUAGCUGGCAUUCCGGUGCCCGAAGUAAAGUGGUUUAAAAAUGGCAAACUCUUGAAAACGAAGAAAGCCUCUUAUGAGGCGUGUGUAGCCACACUGCUUGUUGGCCCGACCACGGAGGCGUCGGGUGCUACUUAUACCUGCCAAGGCGUGAAUCUUUCUGGCAAGGCCGAAACCAGUUGCAAGCUCAAAAUCCAAGAGAAACCCUCUUUCGAAUACAAGGAAGAAAUUCUGUCCCAACGCUUGAAAAAGGACGAUGAGUGGCGUUGCAAAAUCAAAGUGGUCGCAAUCCCGAAAGCUACACUGGUAUGGACCCACAAUGACGCAGAAAUCGAAUCCACGAAACACAGGGCAAUCUACGAAGAGGAUAACGAAGUAGAAAUCGUUAUCUAUCAACUCGAGAAGGAGGAUGCGGGGAAGUACACACUGACAGCGACGAACGAUGCCGGAUCAGCAGUCCUUGAGCUUAAGCUCAAGAUGAUCGAUCGUCCUGGAACUCCCGAAGGACCUCUGGUCGUCAAGGCGCUGCAGAGCGAAUCCGUGACGCUAGAAUGGAAACCUCCGGUCGAUGACGGAGGAGUUGAGAUCGGAUACACCAUUGAGAAAUGCGAUGUUGCGAGAAAAAUAUGGAUUCAGGUGGCAAACGUCACGAGCGAUAUCAAUUCCUACUGCAUACAAGACCUUGUUGAAGGUUCGGAAUAUUUGUUCCGCAUUUUUGCCGAAAACAUCGUGGGCCGCUCUGAUCCCCUCAUGAGCGAAACGGUUAUUUUGAAGAGUCCUUACGAUAAACCUGGUCCGCCGGUCGGCCCAUUCCGUGUUAUUGAGAUGUCCGCAAGCAGCAUAACCAUAGGAUGGAAGGCACCAGAGAGCGAUGGCGGUAAGGAAAUUCUGGAAUACCUGGUGGAGAGGAGGGAAGUCGGCAAAAAGGCCUGGCAGAAAGUGGGAACCAUAGCACCGGCAACUGACCCGUCGAUCGAAGUAGCUGCCCUAAAACGAGGAUCAUCAUAUAAUUUCCGGGUAUUUGCCCGCAACGAAAUCGGGUUCGGUAUUCCUUACAAUCCCGAAGACACAUUCGCACCCGGGAAAACGAUGACACCUCCUGGUCCACCAGAGCCUGUGACAAUCCUCGAUGUAACGAGCAGAAGUGUCACACUUCAAUGGUCUAUCCCGACGAAGACUGGAGGAGCAGAAAUUACUGGAUACGUGGUGGAAAAGAAGCUGUCGACGAAGACCAAAUGGGAACGGGUAGUGACGCUGGAGUCGAAUUACCUCGUGUAUACCAUUGAGAACCUGAAAGAAAAAUCCCAAUAUUACUUCCGAGUGCUGGCGGAAAACCCCAUUGGUCUCGGCGACGCCGUUGAGACCGACCUCGUGUCACUGAAAGCGACGGCCACUGUGCCAUCGCCGCCCACCGGGCCGUUGGAAGUGGUGCUCAGCGGGUUGCACGCCGUCGUCAUCGAGUGGGGCCAGCCGGAAUCUGACGGAGGUGCCCCGCUGGAGGGUUAUGAUAUUGCUCUUCGCGACGCCCGUCGCACCAUGUGGAUGCAGGUGGGGCAAGUUCAAGCAAACCAGCAAAAACUCAUCAUCAAAGACCUCCAGGAAAGCCGCUCGUACCUUUUCCGCGUAUUUGCCCGGAACGAGAUUGGCCUCAGCGAGGCUCUGGAGUCGGAGGAACCACAGCGGAUUUACCGCCCUUCCGAUCCCGUCGACGAAGAGGCCGAGGCAGACCUCGAGAAAGACACACCAUCGCUGAGCUUCAGCACGGAGACACCGUCGUCCUGGAUGCGUGAGAACAGUAUGGACGCGGAUAUCCGGUCAUACGCGAAAUGCUCGCUGCUGCGACGCGACGAGUACUUCUUCCGUAUCUGGUACUACUCGCGACAACUGUUCAAAUGAAACAGCAGCGCACCGCCCACACGCUACGCACACCGUUCCAUGCAUCAAUGAGGAAAAGGACACUCCACUCAAAUAUUUCCGCGUGUCCCGUCGAACUGCACGAGAGUAGAAAAGCUAGACUAAAUGUUCACGGGUAUUGCGUUGGGAUUAACUAGUUUUCUUGCGAUUCAGAGAGGCCUCGGGUCGAAUCAGCAAAUGCCCGAAAAACCGGCCUUUGCCGCUUCUGGGUGUGUCGGACUCAGAGCAUGUGAUGCAAUCUUGAUGUAACUUCGGGGACGCAUCCUCUCGCAGUCGCAAUGAAGAUCGUUCCACAAAUUAUUUUUAUGCAGUCUUUGCCACAUCGCACGGAAAUUGUUUUCAAGAAAGCAUUACUCCUCCUCCGCGGCUCUUCAAGUCGUUCUAGGGCGGAACAAGCUGUGGACACAGCUUCCCGUGCGCGGAGAGAUAAAGACAAAGCACUCGUGAAUGCCAACUAUGAUUGUUUCGUGAUUGCAGCUGCUAACCUUGAUCCGCAUUUUCUGCUCUAAUGCGCGAAGGAUUUACGAGUCGACAUCUAUUGCUUGCUCGCGAACGAGUUUUUGAACGAUCGCUUCGACUAGAAUUUUCAUUCUGUUCAGUAGUUUGCGUUUAGGAGUUUCUGUAUGGAGGAGAAGCCGUCAGUUUGACAAGUGUUUUGCUUUUCCUUUUUUUAUGACCCGCACACGACUUUAUGCUAGCCGGGAAGCGACAGUUUUCGCUUGUGUUGAAAAGAAAAUUCUCAACUCACCCGCCAGUUUGCUCCACUAACCUCCGCUCGACCAUCGAAUGAUGCAAUGCGUCUUGCGACUUUUUCGAUGUUGAAAGAGUACCUGAUUCUGUGGUUUCCUCGCGAAAAAUUACUCUGUUGAGCGAGCUGGUGUGGUUUCUGCGCACGGAGCGCAUCUAGUUUUUUUUUGUUUCGUUUCUCCACCUCGAGUGCAGAGACUUCGAGCCCGAAGUGAGAUGCGCGAUGUGAGCUUGGCUUUUUGUUUGCUCAAUGUGCAGUAGCGAAAAAUAAAGAAUCUUAGUUGCUUUCCUGAGGAAGCGAAUGCGAACAA